AUUCACCAAUGUGUCGUAUGUUACAGGUUGAAUCCGAAGACCACUUGUCAGCAAAUGGGAGAUUUGCCAGCGGUUAGGGUUCGCCCACAAAGAGCUUUUGAAUCCAUCGGAGUUGAUUAUGCAGGACCGUUCAACAUAUCCCCUUCUAAAGGAAGAGGUCGGACAGCAAUCAAGGGCUACAUCGCUGUAUUUAUAUGUCUGGUGACCAAAGCCAUCCACUUGGAACCCGUGGGGGACUUGACAUCAACCGCAUUUAUGGGAGCACUGCAGCGAUUCAUUGGCCGACGUGGGAAAUGCACUCACAUAUAUAGCGAUUGUGGGACGAAUUUUGUUGGCGCAAAUCGAAAGCUGCAAGCUGAUAAGUUGGCAUACAGACGGUACAUCGAAAAUACUAUCCUCUCAAAACUAGCAGAUGAUGGGAUCACUUGGCAUUUUAACCCUCCAUCUGCACCACAUUUUGGAGGACUGUGGGAGGCGGGUGUUAAAUCGAUGAAAUACCACCUGAAGAGGACGAUCGGAGUUCGUACACUUACGUAUGAAGAGUUGGCUACUGUGCUAGCUCAAAUCGAGGCUUGUUUAAACUCUCGGCCACUAUGCCCUCUGAGCAAUGAUCCAGAAGACCUAAUGGUAUUAACCCCUGGUCACUUUUUAAUAGGGGAAUCUUUACUUGCUCUACCUGAGGGACAGGUUGAUAACAUUAGCCACACGGAACGAUGGAGAAACUGUCAAUAUAUGGUUCAGCAAUUCUGGAAACGUUGGAGCUCUGACUAUUUAACGCGAUUGCAACGGAGACCGAAAUGGUUAGAAAGGAAGGAGAAUUUAAAGGCCGGCGACAUAGUUAUUGUUAAAGACGAGCGGCUUCCGUCUAAUUUCUGGCCCCUUGGUCGAAUUAUGCAAACUCACCGAGGGAAGGAUGGUUUAGUUCGAGUGGUCACGCUAAAAUCUAACGGGGGCCUGAUUAAACGACCGGUUGCAAAGCUCUGCCCUCUACCUAUACAAGAUAAUUGGCUAAAUUCUGACAUUGACCCUCCACAACACUCAUAAACUGCACUCUCUCGUUACAGCGUUGUUUUGAGCUUUAUUUUCAGUUCUAUUGGCCUGAAGUUGGAAAAAAAAGGAAA